GCUGCCCAUCGCGGCAAGCCCGACAGACAUUCUGCUUUCACCCCCGCCCGUUGUCGCCCAUGUCUGCCGAACGCUUCUACAAGGCGCCUGAGUUCGAGACUCUCCAGCUCCAUGCUGGUCAAGAGCCCGAUUCCGCUACGAACGCGCGGGCACCGCCGAUCUACGCGACCACAAGUUUCGUGUUCAACGACUCGCAGCAUGGUGCCGAUCUGUUUGGAUUGAGGGCAUUGGGAAACAUCUACUCGCGUAUCGGGAACCCGACAGUUGAUGUCUUCGAAAAGCGCAUCGCCGCAUUGGAAGGGGGAGCAGCUGCUGUUGCAGCUUCCAGCGGCCAGUCCGCGCAGUUCAUGGCGAUCGCGGCCAUUGCCAAGGCUGGCGACAACAUCAUCUCUACAUCAUAUCUGUACGGUGGAACGUACAACCAGUUCAAAGUAUUCUUGAAGCGUUUCGGCAUUGCCGUCAAGUUCGUUCAUAGCGACGACCCUGCGGAAUUCGCCGCCGCCAUCGACGAUAAGACGAAAGCCAUCUACGUAGAGAGCAUUGGCAACCCCAAGUACAACGUCGCUCCUCUCCCUGAGCUCUCGAAAGUCGCGCAUGACCACGGUGUCCCCUUGAUCGUCGACAACACCUUCGGCAUGGGAGGAUACCUCGUCCGCCCCAUCGAGCACGGCGCAGAUAUCGUCGUACACAGCGCGACGAAGUGGAUUGGCGGCCACGGAACGACCAUUGGCGGUAUCGUCAUCGACAGCGGCAAGUUUGACUGGGCGAAGUCAGGCCGUUUCCCCGACUUCACCGAGCCCUCUGAGGGCUACCACGGGCUCAAGUUCAGCGAGACGUUCGGCGCAGUCGCGUUCGCCGUCAAGACCCGCGUCGAGGUCCUGCGCGACCUCGGUUCCGCGCUGAACCCCUUCGGCGCCUUCCUCCUCCUCCAGGGCCUCGAGACGCUCAGCCUGCGCGCACAGCGGCAUUCGGACAACGCGCUCCUUCUCGCGCAGUGGCUCGAGCAGCACGACAAGGUCUCGUGGGUGUCGUACCUCGGCCUCGAGUCGCACUCGUACCACAAGGAGGGCCUCCGGCUGCUCCGCCCCGGGGCGUUCGGCGGCAUGCUGAGCUUCGGCGUUAAGGGCGACGCGAAGAUUGGCAGCCAGGUCGUGGACAGGCUACGACUCGCGAGCAACCUGGCGAACGUCGGCGACGCGAAGACGCUCGUCAUUCACCCCGCGUCGACGACGCACCAGCAGCUCACGGACGAGGAACAACUCGCGUCGGGUGUGACGCCCGACCUCAUCCGGGUGUCGGUUGGCAUUGAGAACAUCGCCGAUAUCAUCGCCGACUUUGAGAACGCGCUGAAGGCGGUGCCCUGAGGGGAGGUGUUGUGUUGAUAGGAAACUGAGAACGUAAACAUGUAUGUGUAAU